GUCAGUCAUUGCUAGAAUAUCGAACGAAUUUCAACUAUCUUUACAAAAAACACACAUACAUACACACACACACACACACACACACACACACACAUACACAAGAAGAAAGCAAGGAAAAGAAAUCAUGUCUUGUCCGGACUGCUUCAGUGGGCAUGUGCAUGAUGGAACACCCAAGGGCGAGGUCACCACCUUGCAUGGGUUGGAUGUCUACGUGACGGAACCUUCGGGAGGGGCGGAGGCUGUCAAGGGCAUUGUUAUCAUCAUCCCGGAUGCGUUUGGAUGGGAGUUUGUCAAUAAUCGCAUUCUGGCGGACCAUUAUGCAGAGAAGGGGAAGUAUAGGGUUUAUUUGCCGGAUUUUAUGAAGGGACAUGCGGCUCCUGUUUGGGCUCUUUACACCCUCGCCUCGGUGAUGAAGACGGGAUCGCUUGUGGAUUGGGUUACUAAACCGUACCAUGUUUUCUGGACUGCCUAUGCUAUCGUUCCCUUCCUCUAUCAUAACAAUUUCGGCAGAUCUUGGCCGGUCGUCAAGUCGUUCUUCACCGCUGUCCGCCAGAACGAAGGCGCCAAGCUUCCUAUCGCUGCCGCGGGGUUCUGCUGGGGUGGUCUGCACACCGUCUAUCUGGCACAUGGGGAGGAGGUGGAUGGGAAGCCCUUGAUCAAUGCCGGCUUCACCGGUCAUCCCAGCAACUUGGCCAUACCGGGAGAUAUCGAGAAGAUCAAGAUUCCCGUCAGCUUUGCCAUGGCGGAGCUUGACAAUAUGGUUCCAUUGCCGCAGAUCAAGCAGAUCGAGGGUGUUCUGGACAAGAACGGCGGGGUGGGAGAGGUGAAAAUCUACUAUGGCGCUGGCCAUGGGUUCUGUGUGCGAGCAGACGUCAUGGUCAAGAACGUAGGAGCGCAGGCUGGUGAUGCGGAAGACCAAGCAAUCGAGUGGUUCAACCGCCACUUCGCCGGGGUGACCUUCUAAUCUGUCUGGUCCGUCGUGUUCAUGCGCCUGUUUCAUCUUCAUCCGAAUCCGGCUCCUCUAUAAGAGCCCUUAAUUUCCCAUCCGGCUGUCGUGCGAGCUCCUUGUACGCCCCCUCUUCCACCACGCACCCCUUUUCAAUCACAAUAAUGUUAUCCGCAAUCUCCAUCAUAUCCCUUGCGCGCGUAAUGAUAAGUACCGUGAGUCCUAGUCGGGUCGCGACCAGCCUCUGCACGGUCCGCCGGAUGAUCGUUGCACUGCUGGGGUCGAGGCUGGAGGUG